AUGAUGCGUAGACGUAGACCGGAUGGCGGCGCUGUCGAUGGAUCUGGCGCUGAGCAGAUGAUGGCAGCUGGCGCUGAGCAGAUGGCGGCAGCUGGCGCUGAGCAGAUGGCAGCGGCUGGCGCGGUGCAAGCGGCGGCAGCUGGUGAUCGGCAGAUGGCGGCUGCGGGCGCUGAAGGCGAUGCAGCACAGGCGCUUGGGGCGAGAGGAGAUGCAGCUGAGAGAGGCCUGGAACUGGUUGGACAAGAACUUGUACCAGCUUCUCAAGCCUUGGCCUUGAGGACACCGGAUGGGUUGGAGAAAGGGCGAGGGUCAGACGCUGCAAAGGGCUCUAGGUCACCAAGGGCAGCCACAGAACCAGUUAGCCAGGGUCAGAAGUCAAAGGAGGGUUCAGUCAGAGGCCAAAAAGGAACCCCAAAAGAAAUAGAACCAGAGAAGCGUCAAGAGAUGGCAACACCCAGUGGACAGCCAGUUUCACUAGGUCCCCAUUCCUUUGUGACACCAGAGGGACAGGUCCAAAGUAUGUUGCCACUUUUUUCACCAGAGCAGACGGUGAAACUUCAUGAGAUCCACCAGAUGCCUUUUGCAUCGCCUGCGGCUUCAUGGAAUGGUCCUGCGGUUGGAGAACAUGGACACGGGGGAGCUGAGCGACAAGCAGUUCCAGGUUGGUUCACAGGGUUGCUUCAAUCAGUAGGAUCUCAGCAAGGUGAACAUGAGGCGAGGCAAAGGGAUUACAUGUGGAGAAUGCAAGUUGAGCAUGGCAUAGAACAUCUAGGGGUUCAGUUGCGUGCGGCACAGCAUGAAAACCAAAGACUUCGUCAAGAGCGUCAAGAGUUGUUGGAAGCCUUGGAAAAGAAGGGAUCGUCGAGGUUUACCACACCAGAUGACAAAGCAGCCAACAUGUUAAAAAAGGAGGAAGGGGCAGAGUCCCGGCAAGAAAGACCUUCCAAGGAGGAAGGGGCAGGUGCCCGGCAAGGAACACCUUCUAAGGAGGAAGGGGCAGAGGCCCGGCAAGACAGAUCUUCUCAGGAGGAUGGGGCAGAAGCCCGGCAAGAACAGUCAGAGAGCGAUUCGUCUUCUGAGGAGCCGCAAAGAGCAAGCAGGCCAAAGGAGAGCGUUGACAAGCAGUCCAUGAGGAUCAUGCUCAAGUUGAUGGAGGGCAUGCAGGAGCUUCAGAAACAGAUUGUGAUCUCCAAGGAGGAAGGAAAAGGUGAUGAGAUUGAAGUGGUGCGCUAUGUGGCGGAUCUCCCAAAACUUGCUGAAUGGAAUCCGGAGACGGCGCCCAUCGAUUUUGGUGAUUGGGUGAUUUGUCUGCAUCCUCAUAUGGCAGACUUGAGCUCAACGAGUGAGAUGUGGUGGGACUUGACCCUCUCAACAGCGAGGACUUGGUAUGAUCACCACAUGAAGCUAUCGCCAAUUGAGAGGUUGACGAGCACACCAAGGCCUACACCAGAGUUGCAGCAGAAGAAGUGGUCCCGGCUGGAAAGAAGGGCUUCGUCCUUGCUCUUGAAUGCGUUGCCGCAGACGAUGAAAGAGGAGGUGAUUGCGGCGAAGUCCAUCACAGCUUUGGGCAUUUUGUCUCGUGCGAUGCUGCAGUUUCAACCUGGAGGGCUGACAGAGAGAAGCGCUAUUUUGACGGCGCUGGAAGCACCUAUGGAAGCUGCAACCGUGGGUUCAGCCAUCCAACAGCUGAGACGUUGGAUGAGAUGGAAGCGCCGGGCCCUUGAAGUUGGAGUUUCAAUUCCAGACAGUUCAAUUUUGAUGAAGGGAUUGGGACGUUUGGUGAGGAAAAUUGUUUCCAGUUACCCAGAUCUCAACUUCCGCUUGUCGUUGGUCAAGAGCUCAUUGUUGGUGGAGACAGUUCCAACGUUGGAGACAGUGACCCAGUACAGCGAACACCUUCUUGCAGAGCUGGAGCAGAUGGGACAGCAGGCAAAAAGGAAGGAAGUGAUGGCAGAGAGCCAGCCAAAGGUGAAGAAGUUUGAGGAAGCCUCGGGAAGCAAGCCUGAAGAAAGGACCAGGCCGAAGGGGAAGCCUCAAGAGGAGUUUGAAGGGAGGAGGAAACCAUGUAGGUUUUACCUCACAGACUCAGGUUGCCGAAGAGGUAGAGGAUGUCCUUUUGGACACCAGUUGGAUGGAGAAAGAAGGUGUUGGACAUGUGGAGGAAAGGACCAUAUGGCCACAGCCUGUCCGACCACAGAGGAGUCCAAGCCGAAGGCAGCAAAGUUUGGUUCCAAGACCCCAGAGAAGGAUGUGAAGUCCGCUACAACAUCUCCUGAAAAGUCCGAGGAGCAGUCUGAGGCCACGGGUAAUGGAGGAGAAGAAACUAUGAAGUCGUUGCUGGAUGAAGCAAGUCGGAUGCUCAAAUCAAUGAAUGAAGGAGAUGUCAAAGAAAAGAGACAGAAAGGGGAGGACGCACAAGAAAGGAUCUUGGGCCUACAGAAGCAGCUGGAUGAGCUCAAGAAGGCUUCUAUGCGACCCUUUCGCAUCUCCAAGUUGUGCCCAAUGGUGAACAAGGGCUUACUGGACUCAGGGGCAACACACCCUUUGCGAGCCAAAAGAAAGGGAGAACGUCUUCACCAUCUACCAAAGGUCAAGGUGACGCUGGCAGGUGACAAGGAGAUCUAUAUGGCACUCACUCCAACGGGAGUCAUUGUGGGCGAAGAAGGCACGGAGCCCAUAGUGCCCAUGGGAUUGCUGACUGCAGUCCUUGGAUGUGAAAUCUCAUGGAAGCCAGAAGGUCUUCAGGUGGUGCACCCAGUGCUUGGCAAGUUGGAGGUGGUGGUUGAAGCUGGAUGUCCAAUGGUAUCACAGUCCACGGCCAUGAAGCUCAUCGAGGAGAUUGAGGCCAAGGCCGUGAAGGCCUACCCGCUCUUGUUGAGGGCAGCUUUGGAUGGAUUGGUGAAGGGUUGGAUAGCCGGGCCUCUGAGAAGUUGGAAUGGAGGGGAGUUUGGCAUAGAAGGGCUUUCGAACUUUGAGAAAGAGCAGGUCACCUUGGAUGACACGUUGCUCAUGCGGUUUUUGGUUCUCUACAUUGUGUCAGAGACGGUGCGCAGAGCAGCUGGGCUAGAGACACCCACCACUUUGAUCCUGGAGCAGCCUGCCUCACCUGAACACAAGCCUGAAGUGGUGUCGCUUUGGAGAACACCUCAAUGGAAGAGCUUGGCCGAGAUCUAUGAGCUGCAGACCCAGCGUUUUGACCAGUCAGAGUUUGGGGCCAUAGCUACAAAGCCAACGACUAUAGGAGGAAAUCUGCCACUUCAAGUACCACUUCAAGGAAAGAAAGGGCAACCACGUGAUGUCUCUGGAAUGACCAAGGCAGAGAUCUGCGAAUCGUCCAGGAGAUUGUCACGGUGGCCACCCUUGAUGAUGAGGUCCAUUGCUGUUGCUCUCCAAACCUGCACCAUGGGCGAAGAGGUCAAGUUACGGGCAGUUUCAUGGCAGGAGCACAUUGCAGCAGGCCAUACUCCUUUUAGAAGAGAUUGCAGAGUGUGCCAAGAGGCCUGUGCGCGUGAUGCUCAUCAUCGGCGGCAGAAAUUGCCACCAAAGGCGGGUGUCCUUAGUGUGGACAUCUCAGGACCUUUCAAAGAAGCACCUGAUUUGCAGAAGAAGAAGGCGAAGUAUCUCCUGGUAGCCAGCUUCACUUGGACAGCCAGGAACCAAGAUGGAGAGGAGGAGGUUGAGGAGAUACCUGAAGUUCCCCCAGAUGCGCCGGAGAUUGAGGAUCCAGAAGCAGAGGAGGAGCUACAGCAGAUUGCAGAUCAGGUUGAAAACCCAGAAGAAGGCCCAAAGGAGGACACAUCAGAGGAGCUUGAAGAAAGAAAGCCGGUGAGGAUUGAGGUCACCAAGCUUUGCGAGCCUUUGGCAUCAAGGAGCCAAGAGGAUGUGUCCAGGGCGAUCAUCAACAUGUACAUGCGUCUGAGAGCAGACGGGUAUCGAGUGACACAGCUGCAUAGCGACAGAGGAGCUGAGUUCAGAUCGAGGAUUUUGGAAAAAUGGUGCCUGUCACGCACCAUCCUUCAGACGUUUACGCCUGGGGAUCAGCCCCAAAUGAAUGGACGUUGUGAAGCGAUUGUCCAGCACAUCAAGGCAGCCAUCAGGCGGACACUUCAUGGAGCUGAAGCACCUUUUGAUCGCUGGCCAAUUGCAGCUCGCUUCAUCAAUGAGAAGUUGCGACGGAAGCAGGUUGACAAGGCGCUGACGAAGAUGGUCAUGCAGGGCUUGAGUGAACCACCAAAGUUGGAGGAUUGGAUUGGAGUUGAAGAUGCCUUGAACCCAAUCGAAGAGAGGAGGAGAAUCAGACACAAAGCGUCCAUAUACAUGCUGGAGGUUGAGGACGCCGUGGAAGCAGAUGAACUUGAGAACCAAGAAGGAGAUGGCAGAUCACCAAGUUUUGAGGAGGAAGAAAAGGAUGCAUGGGCCAAGAAACAAAGGGUCCAACGUUUGAUAGAGGAGGAGAUGGUUGAGGCCAUGGAAGAUGAUGAGAAAGUUGCUGUCAUGGUGCUGGAUUCCAUCACCAUGGUCAAAGAGUUGAUUGGACCUGAGAAAGGAGAAGAAGUUUUGCAGACACGCAUUGUGUCACAAGCUGAAGUUCGCCGUUCCAUUGAGGUUUGGAGGCCAUCCAUCGAGAAAGAGCUGACCUCCUUGUUUGAGACGAAAGGGGCGCUGAGAAAGAUCACAGAAGCUGAGGUGAAGAAGCUGCUUGACGAAGAUCGAGCAGAACUUAUCCCUAGCAAGCUGGUCUUCACAGUCAAGCCAGAUCAGACCAACAAGGGUGGCAAGAAAAAGACACGAUUGUUGGCUUGUGGGAACUUCUCAGAAAGAGAAGAAGGGCAAGAUCUCUUUGCAGGCGGAGCAUCAGCAGUGGCACUUCGAGCUGCAUUGACGGUGGAUGAGAAUGGGGAGAAGAUGGAGCCUAGAAGAGCCAUCAUCCGCCCUCCUGCUCUUCUCAUUUUGGCUGGAUUGGCCAAGCCAGACGAAUUCUACGAGGUCAUCAUGGCCCUCUACGGCUACAAGGAGUCACCCAAAUUGUGGUCAGACUACCGUGAUCAGGAGAUUGCAAAGAUGGAGUUACCAUGCGAGGGUGGCAUUUUGACCUUGCAGCAAAUGAUCACGGAGCCAAACAUGUGGAGAAUGAUGCUGAAGCAACCAGGUCCCAACGUGCAGACGAAUGAGGAAGAGUUUGUGGGACUACUUUUGGUCUAUGUGGAUGAUCUUCUGGUCCUUGGUUUUCCCUCAUCCAUCGCUGCAGUCAUUCAAGGGGUGCAGGCGAAAUGGGAGACAUCGGAGCCAGAGACCAUCAACAUGCAGAAGGAGGUGAGAUUUUUGGGCGCGGAGCUAUGGAGAAGAGAAGAUGGAGCCUGGUUGAUGACGCAGACAAACUACAUCAAGGACUUGCUGAAAAGAAAUCUUGGAGCAGAUCCCACUACGUGGCCGACUAGAAAGAUUCCUUUGGUGAAGGAGCCCGAGGUCAUUGAAGGUGAGGAGAAGACUCCAAUGGCAGUCAAAGAAGCCCAGCGAGUCAUUGGUGAAUUGGCUUGGAUCACUGCCAGGUCCAGGCCUGAUUUGGCUUUCACUGUCUCCAAGCUGGCGUCAUUGAUCACAAAGUCACCUAUGCAGGUUGUGCAGUUGGUGAAACCAGUGUGGUACCAUUUGGCAGCCACCAUGGACCAAGGUUUGAUUUUUCAGAACAACAUGGGCGAGAAGCAGCUCAAUGUGUACACGGAUGCAUCAUAUAGCGAUAUCUCAUUUGGAUGCCAUUUGAUCCUUUGGGGAUCGUCGCUGUUGCUCUGGAAGGCUGGCAAGCAGCCCAUUCAAGCUGCAUCGACGGCCGAGGCCGAACUUGUGGAGGUGCUUGAAGGAGCAUCGAAUGAGGUGAAAAAAGAUAUUUCAAAUGCUUUGGUCAUUCAAGACCUCAAUCCAGUUUUGCAGCAGAGAGACGGUCAGUUUUAUUUCAUCAUGUUCGUGGCUGUGAUCCUUUUUGCCGGUUUCAUCAUUGGAGCAUGCGUCAUGGGCAUUAUCAUGUGGCACAGAGUUGACAAGCUCACUGUUGUCAAAUACAAAGGUUCAUUGCUGAACGUGCCUGCGUUUUUGUGGCAUGCGCCAGAGAGAGAUGAGGAUGAAAGAAAUCAGCAGCAACGUGAUCCAACUGUCAGGCCAAAUUGGUUGCCUUCUACGGCUGCUGGCGCUGCGGGCGCUUCACUGCGGCUGCUGGCGCUGCAGGCGCUUCAUCUACGGCUGCUGGCCGUGCUGCUGGCGCUGCAGGCGCUUCAUCUACGGCUGCUGGCCGUGCUGCUGGCGCUGCGGGCGCUUCAUCUAGUGCUGCUGGCCGUGCUGCUGGCGCUGCGGGCACUUCAUCUACGGCUGCAGGCUGUGCUGCUGAUGCUGCUGGCGAUGGAAAUACGGCUGCUGGCCGUGCUGCGGGCGCUGCAUCCACAGCUGCUGGCAGUGCUGAUGGCGCUCCAAGAAGUUAUGGAGCAGCUGGCAUUCCUAGCGCUGCAGCUGGCGCGGCAGAUGGCGGCGCAGCGGCGCGUCUGUCAGAUGAUUGGUAAGGCGCUUCAGGCGAUGGCCGAUGCCUCUUGCAAGGCGGCACUGGUCUUCCACUCUGGUCAGUGGGUACGUGCUGAAUUGGUGGGGCACGAACAGAAAGUUGCUCUUGAUGUCCUCCGGGAUUGCACCAAGAAGGAGAGUGGUUGCCCGCCGCUCCAGUCGCCUCACUUCUUGUGGAUGCCCAAGAUGUUCCAAGUUGGGUUGUGUGGCUGUCAGCUUCCAACGGUGUUGAUGCCAGCCAUGUCUGCUAGGAGACCUCGAUUGUCGACACUGAUCCCGUCCAUCUCCAUCAUCACAUCGCCCUUGUGCACCACGAUAAUGACUUCCAAUUUGUUCGUGGAUGCCGACGACCUCGUUGAUCCGGAUCACCUGACUGACUGA